AUGAUAACUCAAAAGUUUGAAGAAAAUCAGUCCGUACUAAAAUCAAAGUUUACCAACACAACUACUAAUAAAUUAAAGCAAAGUGUAUGGGAGGAGAUGACAAUUGCCGUAAACGCCAUAGGAACUGCACACCGAAGUGUAGAUGAAGUUAAAGAGAAGUGGACGAACGUGCAGAGAACUGCAAAGCACGAGCUGUCAAAGUUCUGCAAGGAACAAAGGAAAGACGCCGUCUCUGAGUGUGGAUAAAAUUUUGGAGUUGUUGAAAGACACACACUCUUUUAGUGGCUUGAAGGGGUUUGAAACAGGUAAAGAAUGACGACUUUGUUUACAUUUGAAAAUGAUAGACUGUCAUGUGACUUAACAACAGUCUCUUUCAUUGCGGUGGUAGCACCUUGGUGUUGCUGAUGAUGUGCAUUCUGAAACGUCUCGGUACAAAACUGCUUUAUUGACGCUCUUUUGACAUUGAGUCAAAGUUAGAUAAGUAUUUAGAUGUUUUCAGUGUUGUAUUGAGCGAUACCGUAUUUAUAAGGCUCGAGCAUGAGAGCGUUGUAAACUUGCAUGUAAACACUGUCUCAGCGUUGUAGUUAAAAAAACGGCUGUGAACCAUUUUGCUUUCCUUGUAUGAUUUAUUGUGUUUUGUGCUGUAACUAUUCUAGGCGGAGAAAACCUUGAUAUGGAUAUGAUGAGUGAGGCUACUAGCCUGCGUAGCAAGCGUUUCUGUACGGUUUAGGUGAAAAGAACGAGGAACGAGAGUCAAAGACCGCGAGAAAAGUGGCGCAAGUAAAAGAGCGGGGAGGGGGUGGGGAAGAAAGGAAGGAAACGCUUGCAGACAAACCCCGGGAUUUUGAAAACCACCCACUUGGUCUGUCAUGCCUGAGUUCGCGUACCGACAUUUGAUGCUGUCAUCAACUGUCAUAAUUGACCAAUAAAAUGUUUGGCCUUCUGUGGAGCGGAAAUGAGCUUUGGAGUACGCGUUUGUGAAACCAAAAUAAUUUUUUUUUUGUAUUUUGGAGCGCGUGGAUGGCGUUAAUGGUGAAAUCUCAAUGAAUCCGAAUGAUCAAUGCAGGCUUUGUACAUUUGUCUUCUUUAUCCGUCUAAAAGGAAGGACCGCAAGGGUGAAUGAAGUUUUAAAGUUUUAGCUCUAAACUUCCAGAAAGUUGGAUUUGAAGUGGUAAAAUGUGACAAGCAUUCAAGUCUAGAUCAGCUAGACAGAACGGCUUACCGUUCUCGCCACGGCACAGACAACUAGAGUGCUCUUGUAAAAGCAUCCUAGAACAAAGUUAACCCGGCAACUGAAAGUUCACGUGGAGAACCAAGCAGAAAUUUUGACUGAGUCACAAUGCAGGUCUUCCUAGUUGAUGUAACUUCAGUGCAAUACAUCCUUCAAAAUUUGUAUCUGUAAAUCACUAUCCGAGAGAAUUUAACAUCGCACAUGGAAAAAAAAACCCCUAACGAGCUGGGCCCAGCAUAACAAAACAUUGCAGGAAACCAUCGCAUUCCCUGACAAAAGAAAAUCGCUUUUAGUUAUUCAGAUCCAGGAGACAAAUAAAACGACCUGAAACCCUUGUAAAGUCGCAAGAAGAGCUUUGUGUUUCAAAAGAAGUUAAAUAAAAGGCUCUUGCAUUGGAAGGAAAAUCUUGCCGACCAGAAUAAACAAUAACCACAGAAAAUUAAUGUGUGUCACGUACCAAACAUGACCUCUCAGUAUGAAACAAACCUUUGAUCAACACGUGUCAAUGUUGUUCGACUAGCUGAGCCAAUCAGGCGCUGCGUUCGCUGGCGAACGCAGGUUUUCAGAAUCGAGGGGUUUGUCUGCAAGCGUUUCCUUCCUUCCCCUUCCCCUCCCCCCUUUUUUACUUUUUGGCUCUCGUUUCAUUUCUCGCGCGGUCAAAACCGAAAGUACCCUUCCUCGAUAUUUCUUUGCUCCGAGACCAAACGGAAACGCUUGCUACACAGGCUAUGAGGCUGCAGAUUUACCCAUUUCCCCCCUUGUAACUAUCAAUGAGGCCGACAUAUCAGCACUGCAGUUGCGGUAUGACAGCUUACUGGAAGACCACGAAAGACUUGCACAAGCCUUCCGAAAUCACGAAAAGAAACGAAACUCCUUGGACAGCAGUCGGAGGAAAAGGAGAAAGAGUACGAAGAAGCAGCGAAUGAUGCCGAACAGCUGGCCAACCUGGUUCGAACAAAAUGUGAAGCCAUAAAGACGCUGGAGAAGACUCGUUGA